AUGUCGCGCCUUAUCCCAAAUCUCGCUGUCUUCCUCGUCCCCGUCGUGCUUGGGGCAGUCACAAUUGGUCUGACAUAUGCGCCGUGCUACGCUACCGUAUGCCCGGAAGACUACCUCGACAAAGAAACAAAGUAUCACUUGGCCAUAUUCUACGGCAUGGUCCUGGUCCUGAGUUUUGCACUCUACCUGCGGUCAUCGUCUCGCUCUCUUCUUGCUCUAAGUAGUCAUCGGUCUUCAGCUAAGCUUCCGCUUCUUCGCAAGUAUGUCACUGUUGGGGGCGUUGCCAUCACAAUAUUCAUCGCUGCGGUCACACUGGCUACGGCUGCCCUCUGGUGGCCCGCUCUCUGGAAAUAUUGGGGCGACAGAACAGACCCUUUGGACUGGGACUCUGCCAAGAUUCGUCUCACUGUCACUGGCGUAACAGGCCACUACGCCGAUAUUCUCCUGGGCCUGUUGAUCAUACCAGUCUCGAGGAACAACUUGGUGGGGCGAGCCUUCAAGUUACAUCAGAGCACGUUGCUGUUCACUCACAAAGUGGUUGCAUACCUCUUCUUGCUGGCAGUGACGGCUCAUGGAGUUGCUUACGCUAUGUAUGCGCUCGACCCUUCUAGCGACGACGACGAGAGGAAAAACGAGGUCUUUAGUACCGGAAAUCCGACCAUGACCCUUAAAGAGAGCAAAGGGCGGAGCGAGUGGUACACCACUACCACCUACAACGGCGCGGCUGCAUUCGUCGUCAUUAUCAUCAUCACCAUUACCGCCUCUGCUUGGAUCCGAAGACGCAGCUACAACUUCUUCUAUUACACCCACGUCGUGUGCAGUAUUCUCAUCUUCAUUGGGGCCAGUAUACACGCUAGCACCGACUUUUACCUUCUGUUGCCUGGCUUGUGCCUGUGGGUUGUCGACUGGGCUUAUCGACUAUUCCGUGGAGAAGGCGGCGGGUUGCAUGAAAAGAUCAACGCGACGUUGGAGAACGCGGGAGAAGGCUGGUACAGGCUGUCGCUUCCUGUUGUCACCCGUAGCAUGAAAAGCUAUGAUGAAAUCCCGGAGUCUCACGCCGAAACCGGCAUGUUGUCUCUCACUCCUCUCAAAACCUACUAUAUCAACAUUCCCUCGGUCAGCAAGCUUCAGAACCACGCCUUCACAGCGGCCGUCCCAGCUUCCAGCACCUCAGGACCAGUCUUUCUCUUUCAAAGAGCGGGCAAGGCAUCAAAGAAGAGUCAAAAGGAGUGGACAUGGAAGGUCGGGGCGUUGGUUCCCCAUCCAAACGACUUUACCACGUUAGAAGUGCGGCUGGAGGGUCCGUAUGGGCCGCGAGACACAAAAUUCCAACAAGCUUCUCACAUCAUCUGUGUUGUGGGUGGGACUGGAGUCACGGGUGCCUACAGUCUCGUCACUUGGUGGUUGAGGUUUCGAGCGCAGGAUACCAACAGCAGAUUCACUCUUAUCUGGGCUCUUCGACACAGAGAACAAGUGAAUGUCAAUGAGUGGCUUCAUCUUGAAGAAACAGCGGCAUCGGUUCCGAAUCUGACACUCAUCACUCAUAUCAGCUCCGCUGAUGGCAGGAUGGACCCGGACAAGCUGGUCCGGCAGUCUCUUACCCUCGAUCGCAUUUCGAGUGCAUUUCCUGCUGAUGGGCGACAAGCCAAAGAGGCCACUGCCUGGAUUUAUAGCUCAGGUCCGGAUGCUUUGAUCCGAGCGACAGAAGCGGCUUGUGUGAAGAUAAGACAUGAGAUCAGGGAAAUGAGCGGCGAAUCCCACAUCAAAGAGAUUGACUGGUACAUGGCCAAGUGGGAGGUUUAG